CCCGAGACCCGAGUCGAUAAUCAUAUCAACUUGAGUCAUGGCAAAGAAGUCGGGGACUAGCAAAGCAGCGGCCAAGGCGGCCAAGAAGGAGAGGGCGGCUCAAAAAACCGCAAAAAAGGAGAAGAAGAAAGUAUCCAAGGCGAGCAAACCGGAGGAUCAAGAUGAUGAAGAUCUCGACAGCAUCCUCGACAAGAUAAGACGCGAGUGGGAAGAGGCCCAUACAGUGACCGAGGAAGUGGUGGAAGGACCCCCAAGCAAGCGUGCAAACGCAACCUUGACUGCGUGUCCCAAUGGAAAUCACCUGUGGUCCAUAGGCGGCGAGUUCUUCAGCGAGGAUGGAAAGGCGUAUUUCUACAACGACGUUUUCCGCUACUCUCCAGAAAAGUUGGAGGCGGAAAGCUAUUCCUCUUCGGUAUGUUAUGCGCCACUCUCUAUGUACAUGGUUGAGUCUGUUGACCCCAUGAAUCGACAAUACUACACGAAGGUGGCGAGUUCUCGUCACUCCUAUCAGAACAGUUUCCAUCAUUAUCGCGAUUUUUGGGUUUUCGACAUUCCAAGUCAUUCUUGGGAUCGGAUUGAGACCAAAAUCCGUCCCAGCGCUCGGUCCGGCCAUCGAAUGGCAAUGUGGAAGCACUAUAUCGUUCUUUUCGGAGGUUUCUAUGACCCAGGGUAUCGCACUCAGUAUUUAAAUGACACUUGGAUCUUUGACACUCAAGAAUACAAGUGGAAGCAGAUUGAAUUCAAGGAAUCAGACCGCAAGCCUCCGCCUCGUAGUGGCUUUUCCUUCCUCCCAACCUCAGACGGUGUCGUUCUUUAUGGGGGAUAUUGCAAGGAAUAUGUCAAAGGGAAACGUCCCCUGGGGGUAAUAUUGGACGACACGUGGUUGCUGCGAAUUACGCUUGAUCCUGCCACUGCAGUCCCUACGUUCAAGUGGGAGAAGCGUCGUGUACCAAGCUCUGCCCAUGUACCAUCACCACGUGCUGGAGCGACCAUGGCACUUUGGAGUGGACGGGGAAUGGGUGUAAUGUUUGGUGGCGUGACCGACGUUGAGCGCGAUGAAGAAGGCAUGGAGAGCGUGUUCUGGGCAGACCUGUAUGGACACCAUCUCGAGAACAGCAGCGGCCGAAAAAAGACAGGUUCCGGGAAGAAGAAGCAAGUUCGUCCUGUGAUUACCAAUACAGCUGAUCCCGAAGAUUCUGAAAAUGAAGACGACGAGACUAUUUGUCCUGAACAGGACGUUGACGAUCCUAACCUAACUAAGCCAAUUGCAAGGUACAAUGCUAUGUUAGCGGUGUUGAGAAAUACGUUGUACAUAUAUGGCGGUAUCUUGGAGCAUGGGUCCCGGGAGUAUACACUCGAUGACUUCUACACUAUUCAACUUGACAAACUCGACAAAUAUUCUUGCCUGCGUUCAAUGAGUACUGUUAUCCCAGAGAAUGUAGAGAGCAGUAGCGAGGACGAAAGUGGUAGUGACACUGACAGCCAUAACGAGGAUGGUAGCGACACAGACGAAGACGAUGAUGAAACCGAACCAGACAUAAAAAAUCGUAAGGGGAAGGCAAAGAAGAGUCAGAACCAGGGAGUCGAUGUUGAAGAAGACCCGGCUCAAAGCGGCGAAGAUGAGCCCGUCGUAGCCGCAGUCACUGAUCUUCGCGCUCAAGCAUCUGCAUUUAUGAGCGCAUCAGCACAGAGUGCGGAACGUUCCCCGGAGGAUAUAGUCAGCACCCCAGCUCCGGGAGAAACACUUGCUAUGUUCUAUGCACGUUCUCGGGAAUACUGGGCACAAAAGGCAUACGCUGGAGGCGCAAUGGACAGCCGUAGAAAGCAACUCCGCCGCGAUGGGUUUGGAUUAGCCGAAGAACGCUACGCCGAGUAUAAGCCAAUCCUGGAGGAAGCAGGACUCGAUGAGAAGGAGAUGAGGGAGGUCGGCCGCGAUGCAGGCGGGGGACAAAGUUGUGGGCAGAGUAGAAAUCGUCGAUAAGUGAACACUAUUUAAUUGUGAUCGCAUCAGCAAAUCACUUUUGCGGUCCAGGGCUCUCCAGUCCUGGAGACUCCCUACUGGCUUCCAGUGCACAAUGUGAUUUACUGAUGCGUGGCAGGUGUUAUAUCACGACCAGCAAUGGACGAGAUCAAUGGCUAUGUUGGAAUGGGGGCAGCUGCAGAGAGCAGGGGUGUCGAGUCACGUGAUUAUAUGUACGCGAACAUACCCUUCAGUGAUCUGGCCU